AUGUCUAUUCAACAAUACUCCACAAUGAUUGUUCCAUUAAUGGAAAAUAUAUUACAUGAAUUCUUUUUAAGAAGGCUUGGAGAAGCUCAAGCAAAAUAUGAAACAAUGUUACCUCUAUUUAAAAAUGGAGAAUAUAUUGAGAAUAUUCAACAAAUUCUUCAUUCAUCGUUUUGGAAUUAUAAAGCCACUCCUGUUUCUAGUGAUUUAGAAGGGUUACAAGCUAUUCAAUGUAUUAAUAGUUAUUGUAAAAUAUCAAAUAGAUUUAUUGAAGAGGUAUUAAGUCUUAUUUUAAAUUCUUUAGAUCCUAAAACUCCAAACCCACAACUAUUAAGUGUUUUAGUUUCUUUAUUAGUUAAUUGUAAAACAGGUAGUCACCGUCAUAAACAUUAUUUUAUGACAUAUACAAUGGAAAUGAAUGAAUUAUUAUUAUGUUCUCCAUUUCUGAGAACAACACAAUCUUAUUUAUCACAGAUUGUAUCUUUACCAAUAAAUUCUUCAAUUUAUAGAAGAUUAAGAGAGUUUUUCCAAGACAGAACAGUUAUUAUAAAUUAUCUUGAAACUCCUCAAUUUUACCAAAUUAUUUCAUUAUUAAAUUUCCAUACGUCUCCUUCAAUGUUCUCUCAUAUUGUUAAUGAUUUUGAAUUAAAGAAAAAUAUAUCAAGAAGAUGUCUUGUUGAUUAUUUCCUUUAUUCAACAAUGAUUUAUAAUGAUUCAAUUGAAGUAAAACAAUUAAAAGAAGACUAUCCUAUUUGUUAUUGUUGUAUGACUAAUGCAUUAUUAUUUAAUCCACAAGGUGUAUUUGACUUAAUUAGACGUAAUUUCCAAAGAGCAGAAACAUAUAUAUCAAUGCUCUUUGAACACUAUUUUAAUGUAAAUUAUUAUCCUGAUUUUAUUCAGAAAUUACUUCAACUAGAUUUAUCUACUUCUAAUCUUCCAUAUCCAUCACUUACAAUAAUAUCAUUUAUUGUAAUGUUAUUUAGACAUUCCGCUUUAUCAGAAGAUGCGUAUCUAAUAAUUGAAAAAAUAUUACAUAACAAAUCAAUGUUAACGACAUACAUCGAACAAUCGGAUGUAUUAAUUGAAAAAUUUAAUGAAAUCCCUGAAGAGUUUAUAGCCCAGAUGAUCACUACUGAUAUGAAAAUUUUAUUCGAUAUAGUGUGUCAUCCUCAUUCAUUAUAA